AUGAGCACCAUCACGGAGUAUCCUACACAGGAAUAUACGGCUCCUUACCGCACCAUUAAAAUAGCGGUGAUUGGCGGCAGCGGCGUGGGCAAAACCGCCCUCGUUGUAAGAUUCCUAACCAAGCGCUUUAUUGGGGACUACGAGAGAAAUGCCGGCAAUCUUUACUCUCGUGAGGUCCAGGUGGAUGGGGACCAAGUGACCAUUCAAGUCCAGGACACUCCAGGUGUUGAGUUAACUGAUAAUGCCACAAGUCUGCCAGAACACGUCACUUGCUCUGUGCAAUGGGCCGACGCAGUAGUCCUGGUGUACUCAGUGACCGACCGACACAGUUUUGAUCUGAUUAGUAAUCUUCAUCAACUGGUCAAGCGCACAGGCGGGGCUAACCCUCCACCGGUGAUUUUGCUCGCCAACAAAUCUGACCUGCUGCAUCUGAGGAAAGUGGAGGCUCAGCAAGGCCCCCAGCUGGCCACGACUCUGGGCUGCUCCUUCUAUGAGGUCUCAGCCAGCGAGGACUACAACCAGGUGUACGGCGCUUUCAACAGACUCUGCUGCACACUCGCCAAGCAGCCUGCCCCAGUCACCACCACCACAACCACAACCAGCGCGCCCGAAAAGAAGCGAUCGCCUCUCAUCCCGCGCCCCAAGUCUCCCAACAUGCAGGACCUGAAAAGGCGAUUCAAACAGGCGCUGUCGGCUAAAGUGAGAACCGCGACAUCGGUGUGA